AUGAGAGCCACCGUAGUCGUCCUGGCGUGCCUGCUGGCCGCCGCCCACGCCGGGCUGCUGCCCCACGCGCCGCCCCCGCCGCCGCCGCCGCCGCCGCCCCCGCAGCACGAGAUCAUCUACGACUACGUGGCGCCGGCCAGCUACCGCUUCGACUACGCGGUGCGCGACGGCCACACGGGCGACGCCAAGACGCAGUGGGAGCACCGCGACGGCGACACCGUCCGAGGCGCCUACUCGCUCGUCGACGCCGACGGCACGACGCGCAUCGUCGAGUACACCGCCGACCCGCACAACGGCUUCCGCGCCGAGGUCAAGCGCCUGGGACACCCCGCGCCGCCGCCCCCGCAGCCACCUCAGCUGAAGAAUGGUAAUGUACAGCUGACAGCCUACCUUCGCCUGCCAGGAAAUGCUGUCAAGAAUGCUUGUGCGGAGGCCGUGCGCCCUUCUCUCGCUGCGCUGUCGCCGGUAGGUGCCCGGGCCAUCAUCUACGACUACGUGGCGCCGCCCCAGUACCGCUUCGACUACGCGGUGCGCGACGGCCACACGGGCGACGCCAAGACGCAGUGGGAGCACCGCGACGGCGACCGCGUCACCGGCGCCUACUCGCUCGUCGACGCCGACGGCACGACCCGCAUCGUCGAGUACACGGCCGACGACCACAACGGCUUCCAGGCGGUCGUGAAGCGCGUCGGUCACCCCCACGAGAUCAUCUACGACUACGUGGCGCCGCCCCAGUACCGCUUCGACUACGCGGUGCGCGACGGCCACACGGGCGACGCCAAGACGCAGUGGGAGUCGCGAGACGGCGACCGCGUCACCGGCGCCUACUCGCUGGUCGACGCCGACGGCACGACGCGCAUCGUCGAGUACACGGCCGACGACCACAACGGCUUCCAGGCUGUCGUGAAGCGCGUCGGUCACCCCGCGCCGCCGCCCCCUCAGCCUCCGCGUCUUCCCGCCCACCCCGCUCCCGCCCCCCACCCCUACCCACUGCCUUACCACGGUUAG